CAACGCUUACAAACAAGUGUGCCUACUCCUGGAAGAGGGUAAAAUGCGACCGUAGAUUUUUGGCACCUUGGACAAGUAGAAUCCACCGUAGCAACUUUCUUAUCUUCUAGAUCAGUGUUCAUGUCCGCCGUUGUUUGGGUUUUGUUACGCCGUUGCGUUUUCUCGAGUUUGCUGUUACAACCUCUCGUUACCGAGCUUGCAGCAGCUGUAGUAGUAACAUCAGGAGAAGCAAAAAUGCACAUACUUGCAGAUGCUCCCAAUGCUUCCUGAAAGUCGGUCUGCCAUUUCGCUGUCAAGCACAAUGCAUUGCCACCGCUACUGGAAGAUCGAUCACAGUCCAAGCAACCCAUUAUACCUCGAGUCAAAUGCAAUGGCAACCGCGGAAGUCGGCGACUCCUUUUAUUGUCAAUCGAAGGAUCGUACCGAUGGACACCGCCGCUAUUGACUAUUGUUUCUUGUUGCGUCAUUAUCGAUCCUCUAUCUCUCAAGUUGCAUCCGUUACUACUAUUUUUUCUUGCAUCUUCAUCGUCGUUAUUGUCACCAUGAUCAUCAGAAGAAGCAUUUCGAAGCAAUUGUGCGCACUUUCCCCAAUCCGGCAGGCCCCCAGCUACUGCAUCCCAUCUAGCGACUGCAUCUUUUUCAGUAUCCCGAAAUUUGUAAAACUGUUGCGCCACAUCCAGCGGCGUUCGUCCAUUUUUGUCUCUUGCCGAAAGCCCGUUUUGUAACCACGUCGUCGCCCGGGAUGCAUGGGGUCCCUGGCUUGUUUCUACUGGCGGUGAUUCGGCGUCUCGAUCCCUCAGGGCUUCCAAAAUCAUGUGUACGGCCAGAUAUCGCCCACCCGCGGCAGCCUUAUGAAGUGGGGUAGAUUCGUCGCCAUAGCUAAAUCGAUAUCGAUAUAGGUAGAUAUGAGUAGCACAGGCCGAAAUCAUUCGUAAGCCCAGAGGUUUCAAAACAUCAAAAUGUCUUCUUUGCGUGCAUCAUUCCUCGAAUUCAAUUGACCCAAAGACUUGGGACUCCUUUUUUGACUCACCUGGUAUCUUUUGCGAGCAAAUUGCAUCGCUCCGAAGCAUUAUUAUCACUUUUGUAGUAGUUGGUAUGAUCAGAAAGAGAAGACCCUUCGUUCCGGGCAGCAACCGGUAAGUGGGUUGAGUUGGUCUGCGUAUUGUUGUUCCACUCCAGGAGUACUUUCAUAGCUGCUGUAGCUCCCGAAAAAGAAGCACGGUGCAGAGGAGUCGCUCCGCAAUGGCCUCCCCCAUCUACGGGGCAUCCCAGCUGCAGCAAGAAUGCAGUAGCAGCAACGUGAUUGAACUGUGCAGCAUAAUGGAUUGGAUUGUAGCCAGCAUCGUCUCUUCGGGAGGCAACAUCUUUUAUCUUGGAGAGCGAGUGUAUAUCGCCAUAUUCUGCGGCCGUAAACGAGGAGAGUGACCGCGGAAGGAGCUUGCAGGGACAAGUUGCCAUCACUUGCCGCAGUUCAAACCUAUUUUAAGAUCAAAAGUAUGUUGACUCUCCGUGUUCGGCGGGCUAGGUGCCGUAUUUAUACAACUCUGCAAAUACUUCACGACUGAAACAGUGCUUCUGGGAGAGCAUCUUCAAAAAUUUGAGAUCAGAAGUUGAACAAUCUCAAAAGGAACAAUGAGGGUCUCGCACACUCGUUGUUGAUUGCGAAUAAAAAUAUUGCGGAACUAAUUUUCCUUUUUUCCUCCUUUCCGCGAUCGUCUUUCGUUACGAUGCGAGGUACGAGACUGUACGAACCGUAUGAAAACUGAGGACGAUACUACCAUACGAGUUAGCAGGCCGUAAAUUACUGUACCGUACAGUACUUUACGUACUUCUACUUGUAGUGAGCAAACAGCAAACGUCCCUGCGAACUACGAAUACUCUCAAUAUCCUACAUGAGAUACAUACUAAGGAUAUGAUAAUGUCAAAAAAAUUCAUCUUCAACGGCACCGUACGUACGGUAGUAGCGGGCUUAGGUAGCUUACGAGGCAGGAAAUCCCUAAAAAACUUAGUUUUUGUCAGAACCCGUAGACAACGAUAUGUACGUACGGUAGGUACGGUACGCACUGGUACUUUUGAAGUACCUAUUGUACAUUGUACUCUAACUGUAACAACCAAGCGCUGCAUACUGUACGGUACUUACCGUACUUGAUGUGUUUCUGUUUCGACCGGUCCGUAGAAAGAGGCUCAUUAUUUUUUUUCCGUUCUCAAGUUCAUUAUUUUUUAUUUUUCUGACAACAGAACAUCAUCUCAUCAAAAGUACUGACAGGAGUACUGGCGACGACUUACGACGACGUCAAUAGGUCGUCGUCAUGCCGUUGUCUCCUCCUGCCGCACAUCGCCGUGUCACAUUCUCUCUGAAUGUAACGCUUGGAUAUGGUGCAGACAACAAGACUGAGGACGCGCUGAACAGAGCAUGUUCAAAAUCAGCCUUUCCUUUAAGUUUGAAUGAAAUGGCUUCUAGUUUUUUUUCUGGGACGUCACCAGCCAAAGCUGCAUCGUCUUCGUCAUCAUUAUUGCCAUCUAUAUCAUCUACUCUUGGCUUGAAGCAUGACACGGUUGGUGAUACCUGUAGCCUCGGAAGCGAUCAUGAUCGGUUCUUUGUGGCGUCUGCUUCCCAUGUACGUCUCUCUGUAAAUCCAGCCGAGAAAUUUUGGAAGGCUAGUACUUCCCACAUGGUCCUUGCUUUUGUUCCACCCAAAAUGAUCUCAUCAACUCUGGAGACACAUUUUUCGCCGAAACGCCUAGCAUCGGGAUCUUCUUUUUGGAUUGAUCCUCCCUCGAGUGGCAAUUUUGCACAAGAUCUGCUUCCGAAGAUCCAUCCAACUGCUUUAUCGGGGUACAAAAUACGGGGUAUUGUCUUGACCAGCAUCGCCGCUGACAAUGCACCGGCCGAAAUGUUGUUGUUGGAAAAUUCCAAGGGAAUGUCGAUACCGGAUAAUGUUCUUCGGCCGACCAGUGGGAGCAUCAUUGCCGGCGAUCCCGAUCACGGCGUCCUAAAACUUUUACCCAUGACCACGAUCGAGUUUUCCCAAGAAGGAGAUGAUUCCGAACAUAAUGCAAUAAUGGGACAAGCGCUUGGAGGCGCAAAUACUUCCGAUGAUUCUGAAAGAGGAUGUAGUUAUGUAUCAGCGCUUUCUUCUCUUCAAACGGUUCCUCCACAAAUACCUGCAUGUGCCGUUUGCAUUCAUCGCAUCGAUCCGAUUCGACUCGGUCUGCCUGCCCCUUCUGUACAUCAGCUAUGCAACAAAUAUUGUCAAUCGCCUAGUUUGAAGCUUAAUAGUUGUGGAUCGGAGGACGAAGCUUGUCACAAGCAAAGACUACUUGUAAGUAUUAUGAAGUAAAAGCACUUGUACAGUGGUUUGGGACACACAUUUCCUUGAACAAGUUCGUUUUUUGUACAUUCUGCACGUACGGAUAGCAUUCAAAAUGGCUCGUUUUUGUUGAUUUGCUCAGUCACUCAUAUUUUUCAUCAAUUCUUUGUGUAAAGCAUAAAUGGAGUGCUCCUGCACGAUGCAAGGCAUGCCAAGUCAUUCACCAUUUUUGGAAGUAUGACGAUGACAUCCGUGUAGAAGAUGAAGAAGGUCGUGAGGUAUUUUGCAGGGAAUGUUCCAUGCACAAGACACUUUGGGUUUGGUAAGACUUUGUGUUGCAAUGCGAUGAUAUGUCGUCUUCCCCCUUGAAGAUUCCUUGUCUCUCAAUUGAUUUCGUCUUUCCAACAAAAACAGCCUUACCUGUGGAUUUGUGGGUUGCGGAAGAUACAGUAAUAAGCACUCUUUUGCUCACUUUGAGAAAACACGACAUCCGUACUCGUUAGAACUGGCAACAUUGCGAAUAUGGGACUAUUGUCAUGGGGAUUCUGGUGGUUUUGUUCACCGAGCUGACUUGUUGGAGUGUCCUUCUUCACCCCCUCUACUAUACCCAUGGUUAACACUCGGACUAAAUAUGAACGAUUCCAAUGCAUCUAGGUCAUCCACUGAUGGAUUCCAUAACCAAAAUACUGAUGGAUCUUCUUACAAUACCAGUCAAAAUGCAAUCCUCGCAAAUGGUCCUGAAAAAUCUUCUAAAAAGGUCACGAUGAUCGGGGAAGAAUACGAAGCCCUGCUUCAGAGCGCACUGGAAGAACAGGCUCAACACUACGAUGCCGAGAUAACGAGGCUUCAAGCGGAGCAUACGAGUUGCUUGGUGGACAAAAAUAGCCUUAGUCCCGAAGAGACUAAAGAGAUAGAAGCGCUCAAAAUCGAGAUCAAAAGUUCCAGAGAUAAAAUCGGACAGGUUUCAAAGGAACUGGUUGAAGCUCAAGCUGAAGAAGCAGGCCUGCGAGAAGUUUCGCAGCAGCUGCUAUCCGAGCAACAAGAAGCCAACGAACUCCUCAAAAAGAUCCAGGAGGAACAUCGCAGGGAAAAAGAAGAGGGGGAACGUAAGGUUCAGGAUUUAGAACAGCAAAUAGCUGAUCUUGAUGCCAAUCUACGGAUGCGGCAACAAUUUUCACAAAAUAUUGAACUGUGCAAUGCUCAAAUUUUCGGUACAACAGCUGCACCUGAAAGAAAACAAUCAGCUAGUAGGAAAGGAAAGAAAAAAGGAAGAUUCUUUCGAAAGUGAAGGAUUUUUUCUUCCACGAGACAAUUCAAACGAUUGUACGUAUGGAGAUUUUCAAAAAAAUGUUUUAGAAGAGGUUGGGAUAUUCCUCUUUCAGACCAUUCAGACCCGAUAACAAGGUGCGAUACCUGCCUUUCAGAUACAACGAUACCACCAUAUCGCCUCUCAAUUCCGCCUCGGAGAUACCAGCCUUUGCAUCAUACACGGCUUCCUCGAGUUCUCCUGCAAUCAAAGCAUACAUCUCUUCUUCAUUUCGAUCGGAUAUGAUAUCUGUCCCAUCGUAGUCUUCCAAUUCACUCGGAAGAGCGAGGCUAAGUCGGAGAGAGUCUAAACUCAUGGUGUUGAAAAGAUUAUCAAUCUUCCCGUCGCUAUCAACGACCAAUAAAGCGGGCUUGGUUCCCAUACCAAGUGAACGCACUUUAAAUUGUUCGAUAUUAGCAGUAUUUUCCAUCGUACAAAAUCCAUAAUUUGAAAGCAAUUCAACGUUGU